AAAUCCAGAGAGUUUGCCACCUCCCCAAGAAAGCAGUAUCAUUUCAUCAUCUUCUUCAUCAUCCCCUUAAACCCUGAACAAUAUAUACAUACACAUAUACAUACACAAUCAACAACAGGGAAGAAAAAUGGCAGCAAGCAGAAGAAGCUCUCUCUCUUUGGCAAGAGCCUUCACAAGGCCUCUUCUUACAAACCCUACUAAUUAUCACACUCCUCACAGAUUAUUAUGCCUCCUCUCUUCUUCUUCUACCAAUAUUUUCCCUUUUCAACACAACCCACAAGCUCAUUUUCUUACUUCUUGUUUGAAUUCUACUAGAACUCACUCUCUUGCUAAUACUAAAACUUUAAGGCCUGGUUUGUUUUAUAGCUUCUCUUCUCCUCCUUCUUACUCCACCAAUGCCUCUUCCUCUGCUCAGAUUAAUGAUUCAGAAUUUACUGAGAUGGCAUGGGAGGGGAUUGUUGGUGCUGUCGACGCGGCGCGAAUCAGCAAACAACAGGUUGUGCAAUCUGAGCAUUUAAUGAAAGCACUGCUAGAGCAGAAAGAUGGUCUGGCUAGAAGAAUUUUGACAAAGGCUGGCCUUGAUAACACUUCAGUUCUGCAAGCUACUGAUGACUUCAUACAUAAACAACCAAAGGUGAUAGGUGAAACAAGUGGCCCAGUACUUGGUCCAGAUCUCAAUGUUCUGUUGAGCAAUGCAAGGAAUCAUAAAAGAGAGAUGAAAGAUGACUUUGUGUCGGUUGAACAUCUAUUAUUGGCCUUCCUCUCAGAUAAGAGGUUUGGUCAGCAGUUGUUCAAGAAUUUGCAGCUCAGCGAACAGACUUUGAAAGAUGCCGUCAAAGCUGUUCGCGGGAAUCAGAGGGUCACCGAUCAAAAUCCGGAAGGAAAAUACGAUGUACUGGACAAAUAUGGAAAUGAUCUAACAGAGCUUGCUCGACGUGGUAAACUUGAUCCUGUUAUAGGCAGGGAUGAUGAAAUCAGACGAUGCAUUCAGAUACUAUCUCGGAGAACAAAAAAUAACCCAGUUAUCAUUGGCGAGCCAGGUGUUGGAAAAACUGCAAUAGCUGAAGGGUUAGCUCAAAGGAUUUUUCGUGGGGAUGUUCCUGAACCUCUGAUGAACCGGAAGUUGUUCUCCUUGGAUAUGGGUUCACUGCUUGCUGGUGCCAAGUACAGAGGAGAGUUUGAGGAAAGGCUCAAAGCUGUCCUAAAAGAAGUCACAGCUUCGAAUGGUCAGAUUAUUUUGUUUAUUGAUGAGAUACACACUGUGGUUGGUGCAGGUGCCGCUGGGGGAGCAAUGGAUGCUGGAAAUCUGUUGAAGCCAAUGCUGGGUCGUGGUGAGCUGCGAUGUAUUGGAGCAACCACAUUAAACGAGUACAGGAAGUACAUUGAGAAAGACCCUGCUUUAGAACGGAGAUUUCAACAGGUAUUUUGUGACCAGCCAUCUGUAGAGGACACAAUCUCUAUUCUCCGAGGAUUGCGUGAGCGGUAUGAACUGCAUCAUGGGGUCAAAAUAUCUGACAGUGCCUUGGUUUCGGCGGCUGUUCUAGCAGAUCGGUACAUCACAGAGCGGUUUUUACCAGAUAAAGCUAUUGAUCUUGUUGAUGAAGCUGCUGCAAAACUUAAAAUGGAGAUCACUUCUAAGCCCACUGAAUUGGAUGAAAUCGACAGGGCAAUACUGAAGUUGGAGAUGGAGAAGCUCUCUCUGAAAAAUGACACUGAUAAAGCAUCAAAAGAACGGCUGGCCAAAUUGGAAAAUGAUCUUGUAUCACUCAAAGAAAAACAGAAAGGGCUAACUGAACAGUGGGAUCGUGAAAAGAAUCUUAUGACCCGAAUAAGAUCCACAAAGGAGGAGAUUGACAGAGUCAAAUUAGAGAUGGAAGCUGCUGAGCGUGACUAUGACCUAAAUCGUGCUGCUGAGCUUAAAUAUGGAACAUUAAUGUCUCUUCAACGCCAGCUUGAAGAAGCUGAAAAGAAUCUUGCUGACUAUCAGGGUUCUGGCAAUUCCUUGCUGCGUGAAGAAGUCUCUGAUCUUGAUAUUGCUGAAAUCGUAAGUAAGUGGACUGGCAUUCCAUUGUCAAACCUUCAGCAAUCAGAGAGGGACAAACUUGUAUUGCUGGAAGAGGUUCUUCACAAGCGCGUUGUCGGUCAGGAUAUGGCAGUCAAAUCAGUAGCUGAUGCUAUCAGGCGGUCUAGGGCCGGACUUUCUGACCCUAACAGACCUAUAGCAAGCUUUAUGUUUAUGGGACCGACUGGUGUUGGCAAGACUGAACUUGGGAAAGCACUGGCCGGAUACCUUUUUAACACAGAAAAUGCUCUUGUGCGCAUUGAUAUGAGUGAGUACAUGGAAAAACAUGCAGUUUCUCGCUUAGUUGGUGCCCCACCUGGUUAUGUAGGUUAUGAAGAAGGUGGGCAGCUGACUGAAGUGGUUCGUCGGAGGCCUUAUUCUGUUGUGCUUUUUGAUGAAAUUGAGAAGGCGCAUCAUGAUGUCUUCAACAUUCUAUUACAGCUGUUGGAUGAUGGAAGGAUAACCGACUCCCAAGGGAGAACUGUCAGUUUCACCAACUGUGUGGUGAUAAUGACAUCAAAUAUUGGGUCGCAUUACAUUCUUGAUACUCUCCGGAAAACACAUGAUAAUACGGAUGCUGUAUACAAUUUGAUGAAAAGAGAGGUCGUUGAGUUGGCUAGACAAACUUUCCGUCCAGAAUUUAUGAACAGAAUCGAUGAGUAUAUCGUUUUCCAACCACUUGACUCGAAGGAAAUAAGCAAAAUUGUGGAGAUUCAGCUGAAUCGUGUCAAGGACAGGCUAAAGCAGAAGAAGAUCAAUCUUCAAUACACAAAGGAAGCAAUCGAACACCUGGGGCAAGUAGGUUUUGACCCUAAUUUUGGCGCUAGGCCAGUGAAGAGAGUGAUACAACAAAUGGUAGAGAAUGAGGUUGCUUUGAGAUUCUUGAAAGGAGAUAUCAAGGAAGAAGACACGCUUUUGAUCGAUGCUGACAUGUCUUCAAAGAACGAAGAUGUUGCAGGUCAGAAUAGAUUAGUGAUCAAGAAACUCGAGAGUAGUUGGGCCGAGGACGCGUUGGUGGCAAACAACUAAUGCUUUUGAUCGGAAUAAGGUACAUACUUGUGGAGGAGAUGUUUUCGGUGAGGGUUGUAACUUCUAAAAAUGAGUAGUAAAUAUUAGGUGCACGGUUGAAUGUGUGUGUUUCUUGAAGAUCUGAUAGGAGAAGAUACAGAAAGCAAGAUGGGUUGUCACAUACUAAAAAUGUUGCCACCUUGCAGUGAUUAGAACAUGUAUCAUUUCUCCUCUUGGCUACUGUUAAACGUGAUUUCCAUUGCUUGAAA